CGGAUAACCUACACGGACUUUUCCCUUUUAAACCCAAAACAAGACGUUUUAAUUAACGUUUUGGUAGCACUUAGCACGAGGAAUAGGCAUGAAUUAUUAGAAAAAAGCAUUCAGAACCUAAACCAGCUCUUGAGAAAGGGAAUGCCUGUUUUAAAAUAACUAAAUCUUCCGUCCGUCCAUGGAUGCUGGCGAAAGGCUUACUGAACUUCCGGGUUUUCCUGUCACUUAAACAGCCGUACGUCAUCAUGUGGGCGGGCUCUCGUUUGCUGUCAACAUCGGAAUUCAGGCGGGAUGUGCAAUGCUUAAUGAACAUACAGAGCUUUCAUUCAGAUCCUUAAAAUGGUAGAAGGACGUUUAUUGAUUUUGAAAAGCCUGCUUGUAUGGUGGGCCUGUUUAUUUUAAUCGUUUUUUUAAUGUAGUUAAUGUAUGGACAACAUUGCGGACGGACAUGACUUGGCUAGUCAUCAUGAAUCACUAAUAGGCUAACGUUACAGUAAAGAUCUGGUUGCAUGCUCUCUUCUAAUCGAUCAGGAAGCAGACGGUUUUCUCUUUCAUAUCUUCAUAAAUUCUAUGUCAAGAUCAUAAAGAGAUGACAGCAUGAGGAGCCGCAGUAAUUCAGGAGUGAGGUUGGAUGGUUUUGCCAGACUUGUCCAAGAAACAAUAUUAUGCCACCAGAAUCCAGUGACAGGUCUACUGCCAGCUAGCGAGCAGCAGAAGGAUGCCUGGGUCAGAGAUAAUGUUUACAGCAUCUUGGCAGUGUGGGGGCUCGGCAUGGCUUACCGCAAGAAUGCAGACCGUGAUGAAGACAAAGCUAAAGCCUACGAGCUUGAACAGAGUGUGGUUAAGCUAAUGCAGGGGCUGCUGCAGUGUAUGAUGAGACAGGUGGCAAAGGUAGAGAAGUUCAAACACACACAGAGCACAAAGGACUGCCUGCAUGCCAAAUAUCACACGCCUACCUGUGCCACAGUGGUUGGAGAUGAUCAGUGGGGGCACCUGCAGGUUGAUGCCACUUCACUGUACCUGCUCACAUUGGCUCAGAUGACCGCCUCAGGUCUACAUAUCAUAUCUAACUUGGACGAGGUGGUGUUUAUCCAGAACCUGGUUUUCUACAUCGAGGCAGCGUACAAAGUGGCUGAUUAUGGGAUGUGGGAGAGAGGAGACAAAACCAAUCAAGGAAUUCCUGAACUAAACGGCAGCUCUGUUGGAAUGGCUAAGGCAGCUUUGGAGGCCAUUGAUGAGCUUGACUUGUUUGGAGCUCAUGGAGGCCCAAAAUCAGUGAUUCAUGUUCUCCCAGAUGAAGUAGAACAUUGUCAGUCUAUCUUGUGCUCCAUGCUACCUCGAGCUUCCACCUCUAAAGAGAUAGAUGCCGGUCUGCUCUCUGUCAUCUCCUUUCCUGCAUUUGCAGUGGAGGAUGCAGAUCUGGUCAACGUCACAAAGAGUGAAAUCAUCACCAAACUGCAGGGACGUUACGGCUGUUGUCGCUUUAUCAGAGAUGGAUACAGGACCCCAACAGAGGACCCCACUCGCCUUCACUAUGAUCCUGCUGAGUUGAAGCUCUUUGAGAACAUUGAAUGUGAGUGGCCAGUAUUUUGGACUUACCUUAUACUUGAUGGCAUCUUCAAUGAAGACCAUGAGCAGGUGCAGGAAUACAGAGAGGCUCUUGAAGGAGUUUUGAUCAGAGGCAAACACGGGAUUCGUCUGGUGCCUGAACUCUAUGCUGUACCUGCUGACAAAGUUGAAGAGGAGUACAGGAACCCUCACUCUGUGGAGCGUGUGGCCGCUGGCCAGCUCCCACACAUGUGGGGCCAGUCUCUGUAUAUCCUGGGCUGUCUGCUGGCAGAGGGAUUUCUGGCCCCUGGAGAGAUUGAUCCUCUGAAUAGGCGAUUUUCUAAAGAAUUCAAGCCAGAUGUUGUUGUGCAAGUGAGUGUAGUGGCUGAGUCAGUGCAGAUCCAGCAGCUGCUGAGGGAUCAAGGAAUUGAGGUUCAGACCAUCUCUGACGUUUCGCCCAUCCGGGUCAUGCCAGCUCGCAUCCUGAGCCACAUUUAUGUGAAACUGGGUAACUGUAAAAAGCUGAAUCUGAGUGGGCGACUAUACAGGCACAUUGGUGUCUUGGGAACUUCAAAGUUUUAUGAGAUCAGAAAUGGUACUUACACAUUCACUCCACAGUUCAUUGACCAGCAUCACUUCUACUUGGCUCUGGAUAACCAGAUGAUUGUGGAGAUGUUGCGAACAGAGCUUGCUUAUCUCUCGUCCUGCUGGCGGAUGACUGGAAGACCUACCCUCACGUUCCCUAUCACACCGAGCAUGCUGGUUGAGGAGGGUGACAGUAUUGACCCCUGUAUCCUCUCUACCCUCCGGAAGCUUCAAGAUGGCUACUUUGCGGGUGCAAGGGUGCAGAUGGCAAACCUCUCCUCAUUCCUCACAACCUCCUUCCACACCCAGCUCAGCUUCUUGGAUGCUGACUCUGAAGAGAAUCUGCUAGAGGAAGAGGAAGAAGAAGAAGAAGAAGAGAGUUAUGGGUCCUCAGGAGGUUCAGGACACAUGUUUGACCAGUAUCUCACAGAUCUAUUGCACAGCACUGCUACAAAAUGCCAUCUGCCUGCCAUCCAGAGGGGGCAGCACCACGUUUUUAGUGCUGAACACACCACCAGGGACAUCCUUUCUUUCAUGGCCCAGGUUCAGGGCCACAACAUACCCAAGCCUUCCAUGUAUUUGCCUGUUGUCCCCAUCAUGAGCAAACACAGGAAGUCUCUCAAUCUGCUGGAUGUUCCUCAGCACAAUGUUUCUCAUCGCACCAAGGCUGAUAGCGUUGACCUGCACUUGCCACGUGAUUCUCAUGGGAACACAGACUUUGCCUAUCUGGUCAAUCAGCUAAAGCAUUGUCCAACCCUUCAGGACCAGGCAGAUAUCCUCUAUGUCCUCUAUGCUAUGAAGGGUUCAGAUUGGAUAGUAAAUCUGUCAGGACAAGGAGAGGCAACUGUUCGCUCCCUGCUGGAGGAGCUGUAUGUUCGGGCAGGAGCGUGUAAGGAAUGGGGCCUCAUUCGCUACAUUUCAGGCAUCCUGAAGAAAAGAGUGGAAGUCCUUGCUGAGGCUUGCACAGAUCUGAUCUCCCAUCAUAAACAGCUGACAGUGGGUCUUCCUCCCGAACCCAGAGAGAAGGUCAUCACAAUUCCUCUUCCUCCUGAAGAACUGAUUAGCUUGAUUUAUGAGGCCAGUGGACAAGACAUCAGCAUUGCUGUCCUCACACAGGAGAUCAUGGUGUAUCUGGCCAUGUAUGUGCGCUCUCAGCCAUCUCUGUUUGGAGACAUGCUGCGUCUGCGCAUCGGGCUCAUCGUGCAAGUGAUGGCUACAGAACUUGCUCGCAGUCUACACUGCUCAGGUGAGGAGGCAUCAGAGAGCCUGAUGAGCCUCAGUCCUUUUGACAUGAAGAAUCUCUUACAUCACAUCCUGAGCGGGAAAGAGUUUGGUGUAGAGAGGAGCAUGCGUCCGAUUCAGUCUUCAACCACCAGUCCUGCCAUCUCCAUCCAUGAGCUUGGACACACAGGGGCCACCAAGACAGAGCGCACAGGCAUCAGAAAACUCAAGACUGAAAUCAAACAGCUCGAUGACUCCAGACCCAUGAGUAUAUUUACCAGCAGUCAUUCCAUCAGCAGUAAUUUCACCUCCCCUCGUUCCACGCGAUGCAGCAGCCCCUCCACUCCCAGCGGGAUGCUGUCUCCGACCGGUACAGGAGACUCACACCUGCAGUGGGAGGAGCGCCAGGGCCAGUGGCUGAGGAGACGCAGACUAGAUGGGGCCAUAAACAGGGUUCCCAUGGGCUUCUACCAGAAAGUCUGGAAGAUUCUCCAGAAAUGUCAUGGCCUCUCCAUUGCUGGAUAUGUCUUGCCUUCCUCCACCACCCGUGAGAUGACGGAAGGAGAGAUCAAGUUCGCAGUGCACGUGGAGUCUGUACUGAAUCAUGUCCCACAGCCUGAGUACAGACAGCUGCUGGUGGAGGCCAUUAUGGUGUUGAUCCUUGUAGCUGACAUGGAGAUUCCCAGUAUUGGGGGAAUUAUUCAGAUCGACCUCAUUGUUCACAUGGCCAACGAUCUUUUUCAACAGGAUCAGCGAUCCAGCGGGGCCAAUGAGUAUUUGUUGGAGAAAGAUCCUGCCACAGGAAUCUGUAACUUCUUUUUUGACAGUGCUCCUAGUGGCAGCUAUGGUACUAUGACUUAUCUUUCCAAGGCUGUGGUCACAUAUGUUCAAGACUUCCUGCCAAGCAGCAGCUGUCUAAUGCAGUAACGACUGCAGUUCCCAGAAAACCAGUGACCUUCAGGAUGGAUCUAUGACCGGUUUUAUUAAAUCUAACAACAACAAAAAAAUCAGUUGACCUUAGUUCAGUAGCAAAGGACAAGCAUCAACAGGGAAGCCACUAAAAAACACCACAGGAUAUGUUGUGAAGCUAACAGACUGCAGGAAAUGGACCACUGUGCCGUUCUGUGUUUUAAAGGGAUAGUUCACCCAAAAAUGAA